AUGUCCGCCAAACGAAUCGCCCUCAUAACAGGCGCCAACACCGGCAUCGGCUACGAGACCAUCAAAGCGCUCCUCUCCUCCGACAGAUCCUACCACAUUCUUGUCGGAUCCAGAUCCACGGAGAAGGGUGCGGCGGCCGCCAAGCAACUCCGCGACGACGUCCCCUCCAAGGCGAGCACCCUCGAAGUAGUCCAGAUCGACGUCGACAGCGAUGAAUCGAUCGCCAGCGCUUUUGAGCUAGUCCGGUCAAAGCAUGGCCGUCUAGAUUACCUGGUGAACAAUGCUGGUAAGAUCAUAAACGUGUUCGUAUCCUUGAAGACGCUUUGA